AUAAAUGGUUAGUAGCGCGACAAUGGCAGAGUAGCCGCAGCAUCAUCAUCAUCAUCAACAUUAGCAUUUGUGAGCCCGAAAUACGGUGCGAGUGAGCGAGAGAGAAAGAGAGUGGAAGAAAGGAAGAGGGAGCGUGAGAGAGAGAAAAAACGAGCGCGAAAGUGAGAGUGUGAGAGAGGUGAGCGACAGAGAGCGUGCUAUAUUGCAAAAGCAAAUCAAGGAUGAGAUGCCAAAAUUAAUACACGAAAACGGAACAGCAGCAGCAGCAGCAGCAACAGCAGCAGCAGCAGCAGUAGCAGCAACAACAACAACAAAGAAAACAAAAUCAAAAUUCCCUUUUUGUAUAGAAUUCGAUGUGUAAUAAAUCAGUGGCAGCGUAGUCGCGCGCAUGCAGUUUACCAAUUUCAUAGUUUGUCUCAUUCAAAACACAACACAUAACACAAUAAAUUUGAAGAAAAAGAAACUCAGGAGAGCAAAUUAAAUACAUUGCCAAGCGAAAAUAUUACGAAAGUAUUUGCUGAAAACAAAUAAAAGGAUAACAAAGUUCAUAACAAAAAGAAAGCAAUCGACUCAUUUUUUGAAUUGAACAAAUUGAACAUUGCAGCAGAAGUUUAUUACAUAGGUUUUUCUGGUCGACAUCACAUUCGAUUUCGAAAUAGAAAUAGUGCCAAAAAUUUACAUCUGACAUUUAUGAAGCAUUGGUCGCAAUUCUGAAUGUAUCGUUCGCAUCAUAACCAUUGUGUCGACGAAAGUGCGUGUUUCAUUGUGGUGUUUUCAUUUAAUGCUGAAGAGAGAGAGAGAAAAGGAAAAAAAGAAUCGCUCGCGUCGUCAGGGUAAAUCGCAAAAACCGUUUCGAUUCUUUUGUUGUACUACAACAAAUGCGUUCGUAAGAUUGUUGCUCAAUUUAAAAGCCGUUGUAUGUUAAUUGCGUGCAUUUGAAUUGAAAAGACUCUCUCUCUCUCUCUCUCUCUGUGUGUGUGUGUGUGUGUAUUUGUCCCAAGAGUGUGCGUAUGUAUGUGGUGAAUUCGAAAACGAAAGUAGAUUUGCGUCAUUAAGAAACAGAAAAAUCCAAGUGAAAUAUCAAUCGAGACCGAUAACCGUUGUUUGUUUCCUUUCAAUCGGUUCGACUCGUUUUUUCUUCAUCUUGUAAACAUGGCAUUAAACAUCAGUGAUGGAAAUAUCAUUGUAAACCAUCUAAAUAAUAGCAUCAAUGCGAAUAGCAGCAUUGAUCUAAACAGCUCCGUAGCUGCUCCGGCUACCACAAAUGGCAAAAAGAAGCGUUCGUACGAUUUUCAAAAUCGAAAAAUUCGUCGACGCAUUUGGCAAGAGGAUGAGGUGCAUAAAUUGAUAUGCGUUUGGGCAACACGACUCGAUGAUUUGCGUCAAUCGAAGAAAAAUCGCCACAUUUACGAAGAAAUCUCCGAUGAAUUGAAUAGCAUGGGCUUGGACACGAUUCGUGAAGAGGUUCACAUCAAAAUUCAGAACUUAUCGCAAUUGUAUCGGAAUGAGAAGCGUCGCAUUGAAUCAACGGGCGAAGCACCCACUUGGCAAUACUAUCACGAGGUCGAUGAAUUGCUUGGCUCUCACAACGACCACUCGCUGGAUUUGUCCAAUUUGGACGAUAGCAAUGUCGUCAAUUCCAGUUUAAUCAAAGAUGAAGUUGUAUCGAUUGGUGAUUCCGGCAGCGACAAUGACACCGACGAUAAUCGUCAUUCAUCGGGCGAAAGUCACAACAUGAAAAAUGGCUACGACCAUCCACCAAAGAAAACUAAAACGGACUAUGGCAGCGAUACAUCGUUGCAGGGACGAUUAUCGGCAACGUCAUACACAUCAAAUAAACUGACUUCAAUUAAUAAACCGCAAACAACCUCAAGCAAUUUAUGUGAACGCAAAACAUCAUCAUCAAUACCAAUCAAUUCAUCUUUGGACGCCUUACUGCAAGCCAUAGAAUCGGCAUCAGCUAUAAAUGAUGCAAAUCUCACACCAAGCAAUGUUCAAUUAGAAAUUCUGAAGGAAAUUCGUAAAGCAAAUGCCAUGGCUGAAUUGGAACGGCGCGAAGCGAAAUUGCUGCAAACGGAAAUGCGCGAAUUGGAGGAGCAACGAUUUAAAUUAACGCAAAUAUUUAUCGAGCGCAGUCUUACAUUGCAAAAACAAAUGGUCGACAGUUUGCGUACGCUAAACCGAGCGUCUGGUUCAGGUAAAUCAUCAAUGAAUGGCAAUGGUGGUGGCAUCGGCGGUUCCACAUCGGAUAAUUCAUUUAAAUUUUUACCACGUCAACAAUCGAAUCGGCCACAAUUCAUUCUUGCCAAGAAGAAAAAGAAUAAUGCACAAUCUUCGAAGCACGAAACGGUGUCGGCAUCAUGAACUUAGAUUUCAUGUGAAAUUUGAACAAGAGCAACAAAAAAAAAAGCAACAACAAAAAUAUUCACAUUUAAAUUAUUUAACUUACGUUCCGGUGUUCAAACAUUUCUUUUUUUUUUCUAAAUAUUUAGAUAGUUUGAAAUUAGUUCGUCGUAUUUCGUUUGCAGUAUUCCUUUUUUCCCUCAUUAUCAUAUCAUAUUGCAUUCCAUUUUGCUCACCUUAGGUUUUAUUGACUAUAUUUAAAGAAAUAACAAAGAAGUGAACAUACAGCCAAUGUAACUUAUUCAAAGCUACGAUCAAAUAAAAUCAUUUUGAUUAAAUAAACAAACAA